AUGAGCGAUAGAGAUAUGAAAAAAGAAGCAAGAGGAUUUUCCGAAGAAGUUGUUAGCGAGGAUGGCGUAGUUGUCGUAAAAUGGUUAGAUAAUAGAACUGUUUGUCUGGUAUCGAAUUGCGUAGGUAAAGGUUUAGAAGAUCAAGCAAAGCGGUGGGAUAAAACAAACUCACAAUAUGUACAAAUUAGCAGGCCAGAAGUGGUAAAAAAAUAUAAUCACAGCAUGGGAGGAGUCGAUCUUUUAGAUCAACUAAUAAGUUUAUACAGAAUAUUGAUCAGAUCAAAAAAGUGGACACUGCGAGUUACGAUGCAUAUGAUUGACUUUGCUUUGGUUAACAGCUGGCUGGAAUAUAAAAAAGAUUGCCAACCUUGUAAUGUUCCAAAAAAAAAAAUUAUGGACUUACUCGAUUUUAGGAUGACGAUUGCUGAAAGUCUAAUAAAAAUGGGUCAGAAGGUUCCCUCAGAUAAACGGGGUCGACCAUCAUCAUCCUUCAGUGCUACCUCACCCGCGUCUCCUCAUCCAGUAAAAAGAAAAGUGGAAACUCGCCCACUCGUUGAAGUUCAGUUCGAUAGGGUAGAUCAUAUGCCCCAAUUUGAUGAUAAAAAAGAAGCUACUAGAUGCAAGGUGGCUGAAUGUAAAGGAAGGUCACAUGUAUUUUGUGAAAAGUGUCGUGUGCAUUUGUGUAUUAAUAAAAAUCGAAACUGCUUUUUAACUUUCCACCGUUCUUCCAAAUAG